AUUGAUUAGACAGUUGAGAAGUGUUUGUUUUGAAAAGUAAAUCAAAUUAGCAGAGAGAUGAUUUUGAGUAAAGACUGUACUUGCAAAAUUCAUUAAUAACUUAAGAUCAUUGAUUAUUUUAAUUAAUAAUAUAAUCUGAUUUGAGAUCAUGAAAGUUUUUUUCCUUCCAAUGGACGGUCAUGGUCACGUUAAUUCGUGUAUUGGAUUAGCUCGAAUGCUUCAAGAUUUUGGUCAUCAAAUUGUCUUUGGUGUUCCUAAGCGAUGGUCUCCAUCAAUCGAGAAAUAUAAAUUCGAUAUCGAAAUACUUGAUGACCCAUCGGUACCUGAAGAUCAAGAUCUUCAAGAAAAGUGGGGAUCGUUCAUGGGACAACAUGCUGAUGCUUUUGGCAAAGAACCGAAAGAUCAAUUAAAAACACUGAUCGAACCUGCUACUCGAGCUUUUAUCGAGUAUGUAAUGAUAAUCGAUGAUCAGCUGGCCAGUGUCUUCGAGAAAUCAAAUCCUGACCUAAUCAUCUUGGACUUUUAUGUAACAGUUCCUGCAGUAAUUAAAUCCGGUCGACCUUGGCUGCUAUUAUCGUCGUGUAAUCCUCUUCGACUUUAUGAAGGUCCAAAUAUACCAAUUGCUCGAUUAGGACUUAGUCCCGACACUGACCCUGGUUUGAACACAGAGAUGAAAAUACUUAUGAUGGAUGUGAUGAAAGAUACAAAGUCCGAUUUCGAUAAAUGGUUAAUUUCAAAGGAAGUUAAGCCCGAUCCGUUUAAAAUGGUCAGAUUAUCACCUUAUCUUAAUUUGUAUUCAUUUCCAUCGGAUCUUGAUUAUUUCGAGUUUGGUUCAGUUCCUGAUAAAUGUUUUCGUCUUGAUCAUAUGGUUCGUAAAGUUGAGGAAGGUCCACUUGGAUUCGAUGAAUCGUUUUUCGAUCGACCAGGAAAGAAAGUUUUUCUUUCAUUGGGAUCAAUGGGAUCGGUUGAUGUUCAAUUGAUGAAAAGACUUGUAUCCAUUUGUAGUAAAAGUAAACAUCAAUUCAUCAUCUCGAAAGGACUUUAUCAUGAUAAAUAUGAAUUAGCUGAGAAUAUGGUUGGUGGAAAAUAUGUCAACCAAAUGGCAAUUUUACCCAAAGUAGAUUUAGUUAUUCACCAUGGAGGAAACAAUUCUUUCGUUGAGACGAUCUACUUUGGUAAACCUUGUAUUGUAUUACCUUUGUUUGGAGAUCAACAUGAUAAUGGACGAAGAGUCGAGGAUCUAAAGAUUGGAAGGUCAUUCAGACCUCAUUGGGUCACAGAAGAAGAGCUUUUAACUGCAAUAGAUGAAUUGAUUGAAGAUAAACAAUUAGCCGAAAAACUAUCGAAAAUCGGGGAAAAAGUUCGCAACUCGAAGAGUAUCAACGAUUUGAACAAGAAAAUUGAAGAAAUUGUUUCAUCAAAUAAACAACAAUAACCAUAAUAGCCAAUUCUCUUCUAUGAUUCCUCAGUUAAAUUAAUUAAAAUUCACAUGUACCACAAUUAUUUUAUCAUAUUUUCUUUGUAAACCAUAAAAAUAAUAAAAAUUUUCUGAUCUAUUAAAAC